AUGAAACGUCGUGUGGUUUUCAGCGAGUCGGAUUCAGAUGACGAAAGCAAAUCUAAAGAAAAAGUCUCUUCGAAAGGACAUUCAAAGUCUCCAUCUCAUAGGUCAGAGAAGAAAAGAAAAUAUAUUGAAAAUAAUGAUGAUGAAAUAUCUUCCCGUUCCAAUACACAACAAACUAUAAUCGAAGCUUUAAAGCGACAGCAAGAUUUAUCUAAGGAAACUAGCAAAAAGAAAAGGGCAAAUACUAUUGAAGCAUAUUUCGCUCAACCGGUGAAAGCUAAGAAGAAAGAAGUUUCAGUAGAUGAUUUCUUUUCGUCAUCCUCAACAAAACAAGCCUCUUCGCCUCCACCAAGUGGUCGUAGUACACCCCCACACACGCCACUACAGAUAAUCCCAGAGUCACCGAUGAUAGGUGAAUCGAGCCUUGUGAGUUUUGGUGGGAAGAUUGGGAAGUCCCCUGAGAAGGCGAAGAAGGUUACCGAUAAUCAAGUUGCAUCGAAGCCGCCGCCAAGUGGUCGUAGUACACCCCCACACACGCCACUACAGAUAAUCCCAGAGUCACCGAUGAUAAGUGAAUCGAGCCUUGUGAGUUUUGGUGGGAAGAUUGGGAAGUCCCCUGAGAAGGCGAAGAAGGUUACCGAUAAUCAAGUUGCAUCGAAGCCGCCGCCAAGUGGUCGUAGUACACCCCCACACACGCCACUACAGAUAAUCCCAGAGUCACCGAUGAUAAGUGAAUCGAGCCUUGUGAGUUUUGGUGGGAAGAUUGGGAAGUCCCCUGAGAAGGCGAAGAAGGUUACCGAUAAUCAAGUUGCAUCGAAGGCUAAUGAUUCUCUCAAUGAUAGUACUGAGCAUACUACAAAAGGUCAUAAGUCUUUUUGGGCUUAUAAAGCUCGUGAUGGUCCUCGAAAUCUUGGUUCAAGAGAAAUUCCUAAAGGCAGUCCAGAUUGUUUAAAAGGCUUGAAUUUUCUUAUCACUGGUGUAUUAGAGUGUAUUGAACGAGAUGAUGCUACUAAUUUAAUUCAGAAUUGUGGCGGGAAAGUUUUAAAAACAUUGGGUAAAAAGACUGAUUAUCUUGUAGUUGGGCGAGAACCUGGUGCUGCUAAAAUUGAGAAGGCUAAUAACUUCAAGAUUAAACAGAUUACAGAAGAUGAACUUUAUGAAAUGAUUGAAAAGUCGUCUGGUAAUGCUGUGGGACAUCAUCAAUCAGAGAAAACCAGUCCAACUGUUUCUAAAUCACCGAAAAAAGUGGGUUUAUCUAACAAAUUACAAACUGAAAAAACGAUAGUAAAAACUCCUACAAAAUCUCCUAAUAAAAGUUCAACUACUAAAGUUUCAGAUAAUUCUUUUAAGUCUUCUAACGAAAUAAUAUCUGAGGUUAUGAAAAAGUCGGUUGUAUCUCCUCGCAAAGAAACCCUGCUUACAGCACGUCCUGUUUUCACCAACAACAGCUCAUCAUUGUCAAAUAAAAUUACUAAGACUCAUAAUCUUGUACCAGGCAAAACUCCUGCUGAUAUAAUGACUGAUAAAGGAAAUCUAUCGACUAGAGGAGCAUGUGUAUCAACUGAAUUAUGGGUGGAUAAAUACAAGCCAACUUCUCUUCGCUCACUUAUUGGUCAGAAUGGUGCCAGUAGUCCAGCUAAUCGACUUCUUGCAUGGCUUUCCUCUUGGCAUUCAAAUUUUUCAGCAGGAUUAAAAGCGAAGGCUUAUUCAAGUGCUCCUCCAUGGGGUCCAUCAUCCAGUGACGACGGGAAGUGGGCACGAGCUGCUCUUCUCUCUGGUCCUCCAGGUAUUGGGAAGACUUCAACUGCCAUUUUGGCAUGCAAAGAACUUGGUUUUACAUAUUGUGAGUUCAAUGCAUCUGACUGUCGGUCAAAACGCUGCUUAAGUGAAGAAAUAGGACAAUCUCUAGGCUUGCGGAAUUUAUCCCAUAUGGCGUUUGGACAAGCCUCACAAUUGAAUGUGGGUCGUCAUGUGUUAAUUAUGGAUGAAGUGGAUGGUAUGGCAGGUAAUGAAGAUCGUGGUGGAAUGCAAGAACUGAUUAAUAUGAUAAAAACAACUCACUUACCUAUUAUCUGUAUGUGUAAUGAUCGUCAAGCGAUUAAAAUACGCUCCCUAGCUAAUUAUUGUUUAGAUUUACGAUUUCAUCGUCCACGAGUUGAACAGAUUAAAUCAGCAGUUCUAUCAAUUGCUUUUAAAGAAAAUGUCAACUUACCUUCAGAUGUUUUAACAAAUAUUAUUGAUUCGAGUAAUCAUGAUAUAAGACAGGUAAUCAACAAUGUUCAAAUGUGGUGUAGUUCUGGUCUCAUCGACUCUGAAGGAUUAAAAGCUGAUGCAUUAGGUGCACGUAAAGAUUUACACUUGAAUGCAUUUGAUAUUAUUCGUAAGGUAUUUGCACCAGAUAUUUCUGGUUCUCAAGGAAGUGUUGCCACCUUCAAUGAAAGCUUAGAUUUAUUCUUUCAAGAUUAUAAUUUAAUUCCAUUGUUUGUUGCAGAGAAUUAUGUGAAUGUAAGAGUGCAUAAUGCUCAAGAUGAUAAAAAAGUACUUGAUUUGAUGUCCAAAGCUUCAUUGGAUAUUGCUAUGGGAGAUAUUAUCUCAUCUACUAUAAGAUCUUCACGAACAGGUUCAUGGUCAUUAUUGCCUAUACAAGGUAUUUUCAGUGUACUUUCACCUGGUCGUACUCUACGUGGUUCUCUACCCGGUGGUCCUGGUGGUGUUUCAUUCCCUUCAUGGUUUGGAAAAAAUAGUACACAGAAUCGAAUUCAUCGUACAACAUCAGAAUUAGCUUCACACUUACGCUUGGCUACUCAUUGUGGUUCAUCGAAUCCAUUGACUUUAUUAUUGGAUUAUGCUACACCAGUUUCAGAGUUUAUUACUCGUCCAUUGAAAGAAGGUGAUGUUGAUAGUGCCAUGGAACUAUUGGUUAAAUAUCAAAUGAUCAGGGAAGAUGUCGACAAUAUAAUGGAGUUAACUACAUGGCCGAAUCAACCAAAUCGAAUGCAGAAUAUCGAUUCAAAAGUUAAAGCGGCAUUGACACGUACAUAUAACAAAUCAUCUCAUUUAUUGCCAUAUGUCAUCUCAACUGGUGGUUCUUUCAAACGUAAACGUGGUGGCGGUGGUGCUGCUGCUGUUCCUGCAGGUUUAGAAGAUGAAGAUGAUUCUGCUUUAUUCGAUGAUGGUGAAGAGGAAGAAGAAGAUGCAGUUGACUUGAAGAAUGAUGCUAUGAUCUCAGUUAAAAAGACGGAUCCGAAAAAGCGCACAAACACAGAAAAAUCUAAACCGCAAGAAGACCGUGCUUCAUCUUCUGAUGCUGCUUCUGUUAAAAAUUGUAAUAUUUCAUUCAUAUCAAUGGUAACUGAUUCAAGAGUUCGUAUCGGUACACAUGAUGGACGUUUUCAUGCUGAUGAAGUUUUAGCUUGUGCAAUGCUUAAACACUUACCAGAAUAUGCCAAUGCUGAUAUUAUACGUACACGUGACUCUAGUAUCUUGUCAACUUGUGAUAUAGUCGUUGAUUGUGGUGGAGUGUUCAAUGCAGAGAACCAUUUAUACGAUCAUCAUCAAAGAGGAUUCACUCUUACUUAUAAGGACUUUUUCCCAAAAUCUGAUUGGGAUAUUAAACUCAGCAGUGCUGGUUUGAUAUACGUUCAUUUCGGUAGGAAAAUAUUAUCUUGUAUACUUGGCAAAGAAGAUAUUACUGAUCCAUUAGUGGAUGCUCUUUUUGAAAAGAUAUACAAUUCAUUCAUUGUUGAAAUCGAUGCUAUUGAUAACGGUGUCCCGUUAGCGUCAUCAACGUUAAGAUAUUCCAUCAAUACAUCUCUAAGUAGUCGAGUGAAUCGUUUGAAUCCAGCCUGGAAUGAACCAGAUGUCGAUGAAAAUGUUUGUUUUCAAAAUGCUCUACAAUUAGUUGAUAACGAAUUUGUUGGAUUAGUUCGCUUCUAUUCAAAUUCGUGGUAUCCUGCUCGUGAAAUUGUUUUAAAAGCUGUGCAAUCUAGAUAUGCAACAGAUCCAUCUGGAGCAAUAAUUCAUCUUGAAGGUGCUGGAUGUCCAUGGAAUGCACACUUUUUUGAAAUUGAAAAAUCUAUAAUACGGAAUAAGAAUAAUUUAAGUGGAAAUCAUUGUCAGGAUGAUCAUAAUAAUGGCGAUGAUGACGUAAUGUUAUAUGUGAUAUAUGAGCGUAAAGACAGUACAUGGGGUAUACAAGCUAUACCAUUGGAUGAACAUAAUACAUUCACCCAAAGGCUACCUUUACCAGAGAGUUGGAGGGGAUUACGUGAUGAACAGCUAAGCUUAAUUGUUGGUAUACCAGAUUGUGUAUUUGUACAUGCUACUGGAUUUCUAGGAAUUCAUAAGACACGUGAAGGUGUUAUUCAAAUGGCUAAAUUAACUAUGAAAAUGAAGAAUAAAUAA